CCACAUUGCACUAUUGCAUGGAAGAAUACAUCCGAGUCAAUAAAAUAAUCCCACCCCCAUCUCCACAAUAAAUACCCUUCUUCAGGGCGUGUGUCUUCCACACUCGUUCAUAUCUCUUCUUCUUCAUCUCCUAUCUGUGUUUGUACUUCUGUUUGUUAUCUUUACUCCAUGGCCCUCUCUGACGCUAAACUACCUAUCUCCAUGGUCGUCGAUGUUGAUCAGAGACAGAUGAGUGAAGAGCCCAAGGAGGAGGAGGAGGAGUUGGACUACUCCCAAAGGGCACAAUGGCUUCGAGCUGCAGUCCUCGGAGCAAAUGAUGGGUUAGUCUCUACUGCAUCAUUGAUGAUGGGAGUUGGAGCUGUUAGACAAGACAGCAAAGCCAUGAUCAUCUCUGGUUUCGCAGGGCUGGUCGCUGGUGCCUGUAGUAUGGCAAUAGGAGAGUUCGUGUCCGUUUACUCGCAGCUAGACAUUGAGAUGGCUCAGAUCAAGAGGGAGAAAGAAAGAGCAGGUGCAAUAGAGAGUAAUAUUAAUGAAGAGAGCGAGAAAGAAAGUCUGCCUAACCCGAUACAGGCGGCGACGGCAUCUGCACUUGCGUUCUCCAUUGGAGCCAUGAUGCCACUGCUAGCAGCUUCUUUCAUAAAGGAUUAUAAGGUGAGGUUGGGGAUGGUUGUAGGGGUAUCAAGCUUGGCUUUGUUGGCGUUUGGAGCUGUAGGGGCUGUGUUGGGAAAGGGUCCUAUGGGGAAGUCUUGUGGGAGGGUGUUGUUUGGUGGGUGGCUGGCCAUGGCUAUAACCUUUGGCCUCACCAAGUUGAUCGGUUCCAGUGGAUUGUAGGAAUAGGGUUUUUUUUUUUUUUUUUUUAAAUCUAGAAUUUACUAUCUGUGUCUGCACCUUUAAAAUUGGGGUUAGUCUGUUUUUAUUUUGUUACUUUUUGGUUCUACGUUGUGGAAAUUGGGGCCUACCAUGUGAUCAUGUAAUAAAAAGGCCGUUUGAUCUGUUGAAACGGAAAGGGCAGAUGGAUGACGUUUUGUUUCCGUUU